AUUGUUAGCGAAAUUACCACCCCAUUGUGGAACCAAUCAUCCAGAAACACAGUAAAGCCGUGAAUGGACGGCUCCCACAUGUUCCGUCUGAAUUGGCAUAGUACCCAGCCGGCCAAGGUCCUUCAAGCUUCCCUUCUUGUGUAGACUCCGUGUGGCUUGGCUUUUAUCGGUGUGUAAACAAAUGCGAAACGAAGAUCUGACAUUCUGAAUAAGCUUGAUAAGACGAACACGGUCUGAGAAUACAAGGUAGAUUUUGCUUCAGCACCUUUCUUCGCAGUUGAAUCUCAGCCACAGGAUCCAUCUACCACCUCCCCAUUUAUCAAUCAAUCCAGAACCACCACCACCAGUGACUCAUCAAUGACAUCUAACAUUUUCACCCACUUCCCAUUUCGUUUCAUUGCCCAAACAAGAUCAACGAAAUUAAUACACGUUGAUUUUCUUGCAAUAUUUUGUUCUUUCCUCACAGUCCCCAAAAGCUUCAUCCUUUCUUCACUCACUCUGCCGAAUGAAUCACUCACUAUAUAUAAUAAGCAUUUCCAGCCCCUGUUUCAUCUCCCAAUCAGGAAACAGAACAGAAAAAUCAGCUCCACCCUCUUCCCAAACUUCUCUAGCAGCAUUUUUUUCCCAUUCUAAGCCAUGGCAGCUAACAAUGAUGAUGUGAAGCUCAUCGGCGCCUGGCCGAGUCCAUACGUGAUGAGGCCUCGAAUCGCCCUCAACCUCAAAUCCGUCGAGUACGAGUUCCUCCAGGAGCAAUUCGGCUCCAAGAGCGAGCUCCUCCUCAAAUCAAACCCCGUCCACAAGAAGAUCCCUGUCCUUCUACACAACGGCAAACCCAUCUGCGAGUCCAGCAUCAUCGUCGAGUACAUCGACGAGGUCUGGUCCUCUGGCCCUUCCAUCCUCCCCGCCGACGCCCACGACCGCGCCCUCGCCCGCUUCUGGGCUGCCUACCUCGACGAAAAGUGGUUCCCCAACGUGAGGGCCGCGCCGAGGGCUGCGACCGAGGAGGCGAAGAGCGCGGCUGUGAGCCAGCUGAAGGAAGGGCUGGCGCUGCUGGAAGGAGCGUACGGGGAGAUAAGCAGAGGGAAGGAUUUCUUCGGCGGGGAGAGGAUUGGGUUUCUUGACAUUGCUUUUGGGAGCAUGCUGGGGUGGUUGAGAGCCGUGCAGGUGAUGCUGGGAGGAGUGAAGCUUCUCGACGAGGAGAAGACGCCUGGUUUGGUGAAAUGGGCUGACAAGUUCUCGGCCGAUCCGGCUGUGAAGGACGUGCUGCCGGAGACUGAGAAGCUCCUCGAGUUCGCCAAGAUCCUUAUGGCCAAAGCGAAACCAGCUGCCUCGUAGAUUGUUUGGGCGGGGGUUUUGUUAUUGUGAUGAGUAGAAGAGACUGAGUCUUGUUGUAAUACUGGUUUGGUGAAUUGAGAGAAAUAAGCUGUUAGGCUAUGGAAUUGGGCAUCUGUUUACUUGUUGUCUUUGUUAGUGAUGAUAAGUGCAGUCAAAAUCGCGUAUUAAAACGUAAAAACGUAAGUUUUUACGUAUUCAGGCCACCAAAACGUUUCAGUUUCUAUCUAAAGUCGCUUAGUCACAAAAACUAGUAAAAACAUAGGUAAAAUCGGUAAUAUCGCUUGAAAUCGGUAAAAUCGCGAUUUUAAAGCGUUUUUAUACGAUUUUGAUCAUCUCAUAAAAAUGUGCUAAUUGGCCCAAAAUGAUGUAAUUUUGGAGACAUAUCAGCAAAAAAUAAAAAAAUGGAAAACAUGAUUCAUCGCUCGUUCUACAACUAGUGUCGAGAUAGGGGGCUUCACAUUAGGUUGAAAAGACACCUAAUGGUAUUCUCAACAGCCGCUGACCUUCUAUCAGUCUUCUCCCUUAAUCUUCACAUGUGGCUCUUACCUAGAUUACGAUAAAAGUUUAUGGGUAAU